AUGGGCAAGGAAAAUCGGACUCAGAAAAGAAUUGAUUUGGUGUUUAAAAGGAAAAGAGAUGAUAUAAUUGAAGUUGAGGAAGACCAAGUAUUGCCCUUACUUGAAUUGGAACAGCAACAACCUGAACAACAACAUAACCAAGACGGAGGAGUUCGAACAAAUGAAGUUGUUACAUUCCGGGGUAUUGAGUUCUUGCAGCGGGAUCUUGGAUUGCGCCCUCAAAUUUGGCAAUAUCCACCAGACCAGAGAGAUAUCGUGAGGAGAGCAUAUUUGAUGUUAGGUCCUAUGCAACCCCGCCUAGAGAACUAUAAACCUUCUGGUGAACCAGGGCAUCAACGCCGCUUCCAAUAUAGUUGGUUUGAUGAUUUUCCGUCAUGGCUAGAGUAUUCAGAGGAGAAAAGUUGUGUGUAUUGUCUAUAUUGA